AGAGUGCAGGCUGUGAGAGGAGCGCAGCAGAUCACAGUUCUGGGAUGCAGACCCUGGUGCUACUCCUCUGGACUGGAGCCCUGCUUGGGCACGGCAGCAGCCAGAAUGUCCCUGACAGCUCUCAGGAUUCCCCAGCCCCUGACAGCACCGGGGAGCCCGUAGUGGAGGAGGAUGACCCCUUCUUCAAGGCCCCCGUGAACAAGUUGGCAGCAGCUGUUUCCAACUUCGGCUACGAUCUCUACCGCCUGAGAUCCGGUGCUGUCUCAACCGGCAACAUUCUGCUGUCUCCUCUCAGCGUGGCCACGGCCCUCUCGGCCCUUUCCCUGGGAGCUGAACAGCGAACAGAGUCUGUCAUUCACCGGGCUCUCUACUACGACUUGAUCAACAAUCCUGACAUCCACAGCACCUACAAGGAGCUCCUUGCCUCUGUUACUGCCCCUGAGAAGAACUUCAAGAGUGCCUCCAGAAUUGUGUUUGAGAGGAAACUUCGAGUAAAAUCCAGCUUUGUUGCUCCUCUGGAGAAGUCAUAUGGGACCAGGCCCCGAAUCCUCACUGGCAACCCUCGCAUAGACCUUCAGGAGAUUAACAACUGGGUGCAGGCCCAGAUGAAAGGGAAAAUUGCCCGGUCUACAAGGGAAAUGCCCAGUGCCCUCAGCAUCCUCCUCCUUGGCGUGGCUUACUUCAAGGGGCAGUGGGCAACCAAGUUUGACUCGAGAAAGACGACCCUCCAGGAUUUUCACUUGGACGAGGACAGGACUGUGAGAGUCCCCAUGAUGUCAGACCCUAAGGCCAUCUUACGAUAUGGCUUGGACUCUGAUCUCAACUGCAAGAUUGCCCAGCUGCCUUUGACAGGAAGCAUGAGUAUCAUCUUCUUCCUGCCCCUGACGGUGACCCAGAACUUGACCAUGAUAGAGGAGAGCCUCACCUCUGAGUUCGUUCAUGACAUUGACCGAGAACUGAAGACUAUCCAAGCUGUGCUGACUGUCCCCAAGCUGAAGCUGAGCUAUGAAGGCGACGUUACCAACUCUUUGCAGGACAUGAAGCUACAGUCCUUGUUUGAGUCCCCUGACUUCAGCAAGAUUACCGGCAAACCUGUGAAGCUCACCCAAGUGGAACACAGGGCAGCUUUUGAGUGGAAUGAGGAGGGGGCAGGGACCAGCUCUAACCCAGACCUCCAGCCUGUCCGCCUCACCUUCCCGCUCGACUAUCACCUUAACCGACCGUUCAUCUUUGUUCUGAGGGACACGGACACGGGGGCCCUCCUCUUCAUAGGCAGAAUCCUGGACCCCAGCAGCACUUAAUGUCCCAGUGCGCUACAGAAAACCCCAGAGGGAGGGAGGACUGAUUACACAUUCCAGGAAGGUGGCCGAUAGCUUCAAUGUAGCCUCUGCAAUAAAAGAGCUUUUCCUUAA